CACAAGUCUCUGUGCGCAUGCGCGAACUGGGAACAGCGAUCCAAGGAUCAGACACAAGACAAAGGCGACAAAUGGCGUCUUCCAUGGGUGGGAUGUUCUCUGGCCAACAGCCGCCCAGUGCCCACCCAGUCGGGGGCCCGGGUGGACCGGGCCAGCCUGGCUUUCCCGGUACCGCGCCCAGGCCCCAGGGAGCUACCACGCUCGUAGACGAGCUCGAGGGUGCAUUCGAGGCCUGUUUUGCAUCUCUAGUAAGUCAAGACUAUGUUAAUGGAACUGACCAGGAGGAGAUCAGAACUGGUGUUGAUCAGUGCAUACAGAAGUUCCUGGAUGUGGCUCGACAGACUGAGUGCUUCUUUUUACAGAAAAGACUUCAAUUAUCAGUGCAGAAACCUGAGCAGGUGGUGAAAGAGGAUGUGUCAGAGUUGCGUAAUGAGCUACAGAGGAAAGAAUUGCUGGUUCAGAAACAUUUAUCCAAACUGCACCACUGGCAGCAAGUUCUCGAGGAUGUGAGUGUCCAGCACCGAAGACCCACAGACCUUCCUCCUCCUGGACCUCUGGCUUUUCUGGAGCAGGCCUCUGCGAGUCUACCUCCUGCCCCUCUAAAACCAAACUAGUCUUCUGUUGUAUAAAGAUAACCCACAGUAAGAAGCCAUGAUCUAUGGGUGAUAAAAUUUGUAGAAAAGAAGUGUGGUGUGACUUUACUGUCACACUAGAGUACGUCCUGUGUCAACACAACACCCACCCACCACUGUGGGAAAAUGAACUCAGUCGUUAGAUUUUUGUUACUUUCACAGGACUUCUCAGUAAUGUAAAUAAUAUUUCUGUUUUUGACUUUUGUACUGUAAAAAUAAAAUUGUGAGAUUUUUUUUA